CGAGAACAGCAGACAGACGCCAGCACUCGUCAGGAAAACAACUCUGUGUGACAGUGUGUGUGUGUGCAUGUGCUGAAUGCAUCAUGUCAAAUACAGACGGCAGAGGUUUUGACGGCGUGUCCUUCUUGUCCCCGCAGAGCCCGACAUCGUCGUCGCCCACCAGGAAACAGAGCAAGGAGACGACAGUCACGAUCAACUGCGUGACGUUCCCGUCGCCCGUGUCUCUGCACGAGCAGCAGCUGCUGAAACCAGACGAGUGGAGCUACUGCGACUUCUUCUGGGCCGAUAAGAAGGAUCUCCAGGGCAACGCUUGCAUCACAGGGUUCGAGGUUCUGCUGCAGAAACAGCUGAAGGGGAAACAGAUGCAGAAAGAGAUGGCCGAGUUCAUUCGAGAGAGGAUAAAGAUAGAAGAGGAGUACGCCAAGAACCUCUCGAAGCUCUCCCAGAUCCCACUCGCAGGACAAGAAGAAGGGACUCUGGGACAGGCCUGGGCCCAGCUGAAGAAGAGUCUGGCAGACGAAGCUGAAGUUCAUCUAAAGUUCUCCUCAAAGCUCCAGAGUGAAGUGGAGAAGCCUCUGCUGAACUUCAGGGAGAACUUCAAGAAGGACAUGAAGAGGUUCGACCACCACAUCGCUGACCUACGGAAGCAGCUGGUCGGGCGCUACUCAUCGGUGGAGAAGGCUCGCAAAGCACUGGCAGACAGACAGAAAGAGCUGGAGUUGAAGAGCCAGCAGAUGGAAAUUAAACUCAACAGCAAGAUCGAAGAAGACAUCAAGAAGGCCCGCAGGAAAUCCACACAAGCAGGAGACGAUCUGAUGCGCUGCGUCGACCUUUAUAACCAGUCCCAGUCCAAAUGGUUUGAGGAGAUGGUCACGACGAGUCUGGAGCUGGAGCGGCUGGAGGUGGAGCGCGUGGAGAUGAUACGACAGCAUUUGUGUCAGUACACCACCCUGAGGCACGAGACGGACAUGUUCAACCAAAGUACGAUGGAGCCGGUGGACCAGCUGCUGCAGAGUGUGGACCCGGGAAAAGACAGAGAGCUGUGGGUACGAGACAAUAAGACUGGAGACAUCAGACCGGUGGACAUCGAGAUUUAAUUUGAGGACCACAGAUGAUGUCACUGUGGGGGAUUAAAUCUGUGCUGGGAUUAACCACUGAUCCACAAACAGUCUAACAAAACUGUAAAACUGUGGGACGAUCGAGCUCCGUCUGUGGCUCCUCACGUCUCCAGGAUGACGUCGCUAUUUUCGGGGGAUGAAUAAAGUCGUCUAAAACGGAGUCGCGAUUGUCUCUUGUGCGUUUCCUCGCCGACUGUGCGGGGAAAACCGCCAAAUCUGAGCAGCGAGUUUGUGUGACAACGUUAAAGACGUGAACAUGUUGCUUUAAAUUUGUUCUGUGAGGGUUUUUAAUUCAUGUAUUUAUACACACGGAGCGUCAGGACUGCAACGCCGGACGCCGCUCGGACAAAAUAAUGCGUUUUAACCUCAGAGUUAAUGUUACCGUGCACCAGAUUACGGCUAAAAAAUGGUUUUAACAGAAAUAGAAGCAAGUAUUGAUUAUUUGCUAAAGACCCAGCUGUUGGAUUUCAGCAAAAGUAUUAAAGAAAAAAAAUGUGUCUAUAAAAUGAAACGAUGCCAGAUUUAAACAGUAAUAAAUGUUCAGUUUUACAAAGACAACAAAGAAAACAAAGUUCUCGUGUCCAACUGCUGAUUUUCUGGGUUAAAUUCUGUCGCGCACAGAUUGUAUUGUUAGUUAGCUUGUUUAGGCUAAUGCUAAGGCUAAACAUGGUUUAAAAAGUUGGUUUAAAUGUUAAUACAGUGAUUAAAUACACAUGUUAAAAGAGACUGAAGCUGUUUUGAGGCAUGAACACUUUGAAGGGGGUUUAAUUUUUGACAUUUUAGCAGUUUGCUUUUGUCUGAAUUCACUCGCAUUCACUCAAAUAAACACUCAUUUUUACAUUUUCUGAAAAUUUGUGGAUGUUGCUCAGACAAAAUAAUUUUAAUCUGAGAGUUGUUAAUCUUGCUCUGUAACAGAAUAUGGCAAAAGUUGUUUGAAGAUAAAUAGAAGCAAGUAUUGAUUAUUUGCUAAACCCCAGCUGUCUGAUUUCUUGUUGCUACGUGUGCCUGUCAAGCUAACAACACAUUUGUACUGAAAAACUAUCUAUAAAAUAAAUAAAUGAUGCCAGAUUUACAGAGUAAUACAUGUUCAGUUUUACAAAGUAAAGAAAACAUACAUUUCUUGUGUC